AUGUCAGCCGACGAGAAUAACCUGCACCAUCCUACAUUAAGGCGGACCCUGCGUGGUGAACCUUCAGCAUCGACAAUCCAAUUCCGCAACCUCAGAUACGCAUCAAUACCCGCACGAUAUCAAGAACCGAUUCCUGAUGAUAUACUAGAAGUUGGGAAGGACGGAGUCUACGAUGCUACCCAGUUCGGUCCAUCAUGUCCACAAUUGCAUGGAGCUCAAGCAUGGGAUUUGACCUUGAUCGGAGACGCUGUCUUACCUUGCGGCCAUGGUCAAGGGAAAACAGAAAACAUGAACGAGUUUGAUUGCUUGAAUGUGAUUGUCACAGUUCCAAAGGGUAUUCAGAGCAAUGAAAAGAGCAGAAGACGAGGGUUACCAGUAUUUGUGUGGGUACAUGGAGGUGGUCUCAGCAUCGGAUCGAACAGCUGGCCACAGUAUGAUCUACGCCGUUUGGUCGAGCGAGGUGCAGAAACCGACAAACCCUUCAUUGGUGUCGCGAUGGACUAUCGACUGAACAUCUUCGGCUUCCUCGCUAGUGACGAGAUUGGCGCAGCCGGCAAUAUGGGCUACAAAGAUCAGGUACUAGCUUUCAGAUGGGUAAAAAAGCACAUUGCUGGGUUCGGAGGGGAUCCGAACAACAUCACUGCUGCAGGCGAGUCGGCGGGAGCGAUAUCACUAUCGACUCUACUCUGCGCCAAUGUCGGGCAAGAGGGACUCUUCGACCGGGUUAUCGUCAUGAGUGGGGAAGCAACAUUGCGUAAAUGGAGGAACAGAUGGUGGCAACAGAAGAUGUACGAGGACCAGUCUACCUAUCUUAAAUUGGAUGUCAAGGACACCGAGAGCAGACAAAAGAUCCUGUUGAACACCGAUGCGGAACAGUUGGCUCAGAAGCUACCCUUAGCUCAGCAUUUCGCUGCGACAGUUGACGGCCAAUUCAUAACGCGUGAAGUCACGAUCGAGACGAUAAUGGAUGGAUCAAGCGCUAUACAUAAGCCAGCCUGGUGCAAAGAAUUCGUGAUAGGAGACACAGAGCACGAUGGGCUCAUCGUCAUCGGGCGACUCCUUGCUCAACCUGAUAGCCAUGGGCGCCUUAGGAAGGCAUGUCAAACUCAUCUGUCACCGGCUGAGACGCACGAACUGCUGAAGGCAUAUCGUCUCGAUGGCGAGUCUCCCAAGAAAGAUAAAGAGGACCGCAUGUUAAUACUUGGAUCUGAAUUACGCUUCUAUCUGCCUGCGUUGGCUGCGUACCGAGGAUGGAAAGCUUGCUCACCACCAAGACCUGCUUCACGAUACCACUUCCACGUCCCUAACCCAAUAGAUGGCCCCCACAAAGGCCUUGCAGCUCACGAGCUCGACGUCGCUUAUCUCCUGCAGAACUUUGACCCUCACUUCAGUGAUAAAGAUCGAAAAAUAGCACGAGCCAUGCAAGACCAGUUCAUUAAAUAUGUUCACGGUGAAGGGUGGGUUGAGGAUGGUAAAAUGGUAGUAUUCGACAAAGACGGUUCAGUUGAAGUAGACGACGAUAGAUACGACGAGAUGUAUCGCAGUGGAAGAGGAGCAUUACUGGAGAGUAUUGGGAUGCAAAAGUUAUGGCGUGUUGCAGACAUGUGGCAAAGUGAAACACUCGCCUAUUCACCUGACCCAGGUAACCAUAUUUCUUCAUCAUUAUCGCACAAACUCCAGUAUAAAAAGGGCACUAGGGCUGCAUUCCCCUAUUCUAUUUCCCGGGAUCAUGUUUCACGAAAUUCGCAGGAGGAGGCAGAUGCCAUAUUCCUACAGAACCAAGAAGCUUCACCACUGCUGCAACUACCUGGAGAAAUCCGCAACAAGAUCUACCAAUACGCUCUUGGCGGUCAUCACAUCUAUCUGAACGAGCACCAGCCCAGUUUCAAAAGGCUUAUUAUCCGAGGUGUUGAUGGGAAACAAACAUCCAAGGGUGACCUCUUCGCACUUGGCUACACUUGCCGACAGACCCACUCGGAGUCUGCAAUCUUGCUCUUUAGUCUCAACGAAUUCUUUGGCUACUUUUGGUCUAGGUUCGAAGUUCAGAGAUGCGAAUUGUUCUCGCCGAGCCAGCGCAACGCAGUACGUAACAUCAGUGUUACGAUAUGUUGCUUCAGACACUUCAAGGGCAGUGAGAUGAUCAUCGUUGACACGUUCGGUGGACUGGAGCGGAUUACACUGGUGGCUGCUGCAGGUCAAAAUAAUGUAAACCUGCAAGGUGAUGCAGUGAACAUUGUCAGAAUAAAACGGGAAUUAUUCCAGCUAUUUGGUCGCGAGAUGGAAGUUAUCUUAAAGACUCGAGAUACUUUAUACAAGUAG